CAGGUCUUCGCCGUCACUUGUGAUAACGCUGAGAAUAACACAACCAUGCUCAAAGAAAUGCACGUUCUCGUGCCGAAGUUCCGUGGAGACCGGGUGCGCGUACGGUGCUUCGGGCACGUACUUAAUCUCGUCGUCAAGGUACGUGAGCCCAUACAAUGUGUGAUUGCUUCUAAUGGCCUUUCUGCAGGCCAUCCUCUCGCAAUUCACGAAGCCGAAGCCUCGUCGCAUCGCCAAUGCGACGCAAACCGACUCCGAUAA